AGUGAGCUCACGUUCACACGUUGGUAAAGAGGCUGGUCUUGCGAUGCCUUUGAAUAUUUCACUUUUAGGCAGUUCCCCAUCAGUCAGGCUCACGCAUCCGAGCCGAGCUGAAGCCAACUCCAGCCAUGGGCAGCACCAGGAGGGCUGAGAUCUGAUCGCACGCAGCAAACCCCGGGAUCUUCGGCUCAAUUCCACCUCCAAACCCGGCGGCAGCAGCCGCGCUCGCACACACACACACACGCAUUUACACAUCCCCGCGUCGGCAGAGCCGCUGAGCAAACACCUUGUCUCUCCUCCCCAGGAUAUACCCGCUCGCACACAGCCUCCUUGAUCUCCUCCUGGCUUCCCGGAGGAUCCUGCCGGCUGCUUUCCAUGGAGAAAGUCCAGGGAGAAAUGGAGAUUGAGAGAUGGGAAAGAAGUGAAGAGAUUUCAGACGCAGAGAAAAAGGUGAUUCAAGAGACAUGGAGCAGAGUCUAUGCAAACUGCGAGGACGUGGGGGUCUCCAUACUCAUCAGGUUUUUUGUCAACUUCCCCUCGGCCAAGCAGUACUUCAGCCAGUUCAAGCACAUGGAGGACCCCUUGGAGAUGGAGAGGAGCUUGCAACUGCGGAAGCACGCUCGGCGGGUCAUGGGUGCCAUUAACACUGUGGUGGAGAACCUCAAUGACUCCGAAAAGGUCUCCUCGGUUCUGGCCCUGGUGGGCAAGGCCCAUGCCCUCAAGCACAAAGUGGAGCCCAUCUACUUUAAGAAACUGACCGGUGUCAUGCUGGAGGUCAUCGCUGAGGAGUACGCCAAUGACUUCACCCCGGAGGCGCACGGUGCCUGGACCAAGAUGAAGGCUCUCAUCUACACGCACGUGACGGCAGCGUACAAGGAGGUGGGCUGGGCGCAGUACCCCACUGCCACCCUGUGAGCGGCCCCCGCGCCGGGCGAGGGGCAGGGAGGGCUUCACUCACCCCAGGACUGCACUCUGGUCUCUGCUCAAGGUCUGUGCUCGGGCUGGGGAGCCCGCAAGGGCCGGCUCCGUUCGCUGCCAACUCACAAUUGGGUCUCCAGGGGGGUUAAAACCAAUCUCAGUAAACCAAAACAAACCCAGAACCACGACGGGUGAGGGGGGUCGGGGGAAGCGGUGGCAGGGGAUGCUGGAAGGGGAUGCAGAGCACAAAGGGAGAGCGUUUGGUUGUUGCCUCCAUCUCACUGUCCUGGCCUGUCCAUCGCCACCUCCCACAUCCUGCCCCUCGCUUGCUUCACCUCAGAGCCCUUUGCCCAAGCAGCAGUGCUGUGCAGCCCCACUGCUGAUGAACAGGAUGACCCUGGUUUUCCAUGCACAGCCCCCAGGGAAACCUGGAUCCUUGCUUUUGCAGGUGUGAUGCUUAUGGGGAGCACCAGCUGGCACUGAAAACACUUUUCUUUACAAUUUCCCUGCUCAGCUGGCAGGGUGACAAGGCUGAUGGUUGCGGCCAGAGCCACUCCUGGUGUCCUAUCACCUGCACCAUGGGCUGGCAGCAGCCCUCUCUUCUCCAUCCAUAGUCCUUUUCCUUGCUUGGCUGCUGCAAACCCUCCCGGGGCUGAAGGGAGCAAGGGGGUGGGCAGGAUGUGCUUCUCUAUCAUUAGAGAGUGAAGAAGGAAGAAUCGCAGACCGGUUUGUGUUGGAAGGGACCUUAAAGCUCCUCCAGUUCCAACCCCUGCCACGGGCAGGGACACCUUCCACUGGAGCAGCUGCUCUAAGCCCCUGUGUCCAACCUGGCCUUGAUGGGCUUGUGGGGCACACACUGUGCCAUCGCCCUGGCAGCUGGUGUCUGUAGGUCUGUCCAGCAGCAGGGUGAUGCAGGGAUGAAGGGCUGGGGCAGCUCUGCCCCACACGGUGACAAGGGGGCUCAGGAUGUGAUCAGUGUGUCCUCUGAAGCAGACACAGCAGGAGGGGUUCCUGGGUGCUCUGUUAGAUCUGUCAAUAACUUGUUGCUCAGAGCAUGAUCCUGCCCUCCUGGUGAAACUGGGGUCCUUCAAAUAAAGUGCCUGGUAGGAACCAGCCCUUGCAGGAGCCGUGUCCCUCCUCAGGGGCUCCAGUGCCUGCAAAGGCCUCUUGCCCCCCACAGAAUCCAAGCCGUGGCUGCAGGGCUCAUUCUGCUCCAGCACUGGCUGUGCCUGGAGCUCUGUGUGAGCUCUCUUGGUUUCUGCCUCAGUUUCCCCUUCAGUUACAAACAGGAGGAGGAGCAGCCCCAGUGCCUCUUGCACAUGUGCUUGGAUGCCUGGCAAAGGGUUGGGGAGGAGGCAUCAGAUGUGCUGGGAAGCUCUGGCAUCCUCAUCACCCAGCACUGCCCAAAAGGGCAAUGCUCCCUAUUGCAGUGGGAGGGGGGGUUCCCUUCUGAGAUUGGCUCUGGCCUCACCACCACUGCCCUGAUUUCUCCCAAAACAAUGGACUCCUCUGCCCCUGGCAUUGCUGGGGGGGGGAUCCUGCUCCCAGAAAAGCUCUUGAUGGGGUUUUCCACUUUGUUCCACUGGCUGUUCCUGCUCAGCAUCCCUGUUGGGCCCCAGCCCUGCCCUUCUGUCACUCAUGCCCAGAUGCUGGCACAGCCCAGGACCACUGCUCAGGGCAGCAGCAGAGGUGUGCUUGGGGGGAAAACAUCACCUCCUGUUCCUCUGGGCUCACUCAGAUACAGCCAGGAGAUGUGGCAUCACCAGUGCCCCAGCUGGGCAAAGGGGGUUUGGGGCAGGCUCUAAACCUCUUGGCUGCAGUCCCCAAGGCCCUGGAACCAGGAUUAGUCCCAAAACAGCCCCAGGACCCCACUAAUGUCACAGUAACCCCUCUCUGGCCUUGCUGUUCUUUCCUCCUGAUGUCCCACAAUAAACCAGGUGGAGAGGAGCAAUGGAGCAUUGAGGGUUGGGUGAAAUAAUGGCUCAAGGCACCACUGUCCUCAGCAAGGUCCAGGGGUUUAGCAAAGAGACAGGCACAGGGUGCAAGUGAUGCUGCUCUGCUGCUGUCAUCUGGAGUCAGCACCCCCAAAACUGAGCCCAGCAGCCUGAACCAGCAACAGCGCCAGAACUGAUGCCUCUGGCUCAUGUGUGAGCAUGGUUGGCAGAGGCAUCCCUCAAAGAGCAGCUGCUGCUGGGGUCAGGAUUAGGCCUGUGCAGAUGGGAAAAGACCUGUUCGGUCACUGACCUUGCUCCAGUGCCUGGAGCAGGACUGCUGGGUUUGGUGGUUUUGGGGUGCAUCACGAGGUGCAUUGAUCCCUGCCAACACCUCAGGUCCAGCAGUGCAUGUUUUCGAUCAGUUCAUGCUCUGCGGAUGCUGGGCCAGGAAUGUUUCUGGACAGAGGUGUCUCCCCCUCAAGCUCCCAUCUUGACCUUUGGGGUUAAUAUUCUCCAGGUGGGAAUCUUGUUGUUGCAGCACAAACCCUUCCUCUCCCUUCCCACAGCCAAAACCGGGCUCGGUCACCAUCGGCAGAGGUGACUUUGGGGUGGCUGGAAAGUUCCCAUGUUCAUGCCCCACCUACCCGAGUGCCUUGGCUUUGGGGGAGCAGCAGUGAGGUCCCCCCCUGCUCAUCUUGGAAUGGGGCUUGCUUUCUUCCUGUGUUUCCAACCUGUUCCUUUGCACCCUUAGCACAAACCACACCAUGACCUGGUGCCGCCGCGUCCGCUGGGCUUGGGGUUGUGUUUUGCAGGCACAUCUUUCACAAGUAAAUCCAGAUGUGUGCAGCUGCUGUCCCUCGAGGAGCCCCCCCCCCACCCCCAGCAGCCACACUGCAGCCAGGCAAAUACACGCGAACAAAAACAUGUUUAUUUAUAUCAGCUCUGGAGGAAGUGGGAUGGAGCAGGGAGGGCAGCCAGGGCAGAGCUCGGGAGGGAGGAGAUGGAGAUAGAGCAAACUCCCCCCUAUUGCUGCCCAUGCGGAGCAGGCGUUGCUUAAAUCAGGGGAAACUCAUCUGGGAGAGAUGAAAAUGAACAGAAAGAGGAAGAAACACCAUUCCAGAGUGACAGGGCUGAGGAAUGCUGUGCGGAGGAGCAGAAAGGGAGGCCAGGUCCUGGCUCCCUGAUGCACACGCAUGCACAUGCCUGUAGAGCUGCUCCCUGUUACUGCCUGUCCUGUCACCCCUGCACCCACUGCAGUCGGCUGGGGACCCCCUAACCCCAGCUCCUAUUCACUGAUGCUCAGCACUUCACCUCUGGGUGUGCCUGGGCUCAGCUUUGCUGUCCUUGGUGGUGGCAGGAUCUGGCCCCUGGCUCUGGUGCCUCUGCACCAGCAUCAGCACUGGGCUGGGACCCAGGGCCUGGGUGGGAAAGUCUCUGUGGCCUCUGCAGCAGAGGAAUG